AUGGGUUGUUUGUCUAUCUGCCUAUGUCCGUCUGUACGAGGCAGGGAUCUGCUUCUUGCUCUGAAGGAUACCCUAGAGACGCCAAUUGCAGUAAUCCCGCAGCAGAGCACAGAGUAUAAACACAAUUCUGAGUUAAGCUCAGGACUUCCAGAAGACAGCUACUCUUCAGGAGGUGAAGGCUUGGAUGGUGAUGAUGAAGAUGAAACGGCAGCCCGUGGCAAUGUGGUUGAGGAGGCAACAAGCUCCAAAGCUGGCCCAAGUGCAGGCUGGGCAGAUGCCAUGGCAAAAGUGCUUAACAAAAAGAUUCCACAAAAUAAGUUCACCAUUUUGGCCAGGAAUAAAAAACUGGAGAAGGAGAGACAGAAGGAAAAACAAGAAAGGCUGGAGAAGAGAAUGAAGCUUGAUAAAAAGCGGGAGUGGGAAAUGAUGUGCCGAGUGAAGCCAGAUGUUGUCAAAGACCGAGAGAGAGAGAGAAAUCUUCAGAGAAUUGCCACAAGAGGUGUUGUACAAUUAUUUAAUGCUGUCAGGAUGCACCAAAAGAAUGUUGAUGAGAAGGUGAAGAAAGCUGGGAGCUCUGACAGGCAGCGUGCAAAACUGCUGUCAUCUGUUUCAAAGAAAGAUUUCAUCAGUGUUUUAAGAAACAUGGAAGGUGCUAAAGGAAGCAAGAAUCCUGCUGGAAAGGCCACAAAAGUUAAACAGGGUGAAGUGAAGUCUGAAGAGGGGCCAGAAUGGAAUAUACUGCGAGAUGACUUCAUGAUGGGAGCAUCUAUGAAAGACUGGGACAAGGAAAGCGAUGGAGAGGGCAAUACUGAACAAGGAGGUGGUCUGAAACAAGAAGAUGAGAGUGACUGAAUGAAACUGAAAACCAUUCAAGAUAAUGUUUUAUCUUAACAUUGUUUGCAUAAAAAGUCAACAUUCUGUGAAUGUGCAACACUUGGAAGAUAACUCUUUUUCUAAAAAGAAAAAAAAAAAACAAACUUGCACAACUUUGGAGUGUUCUCUCCUCCAUGUCAAACUUUUAUUUAAUGUAGUUUCAUUUGCUAUACUGAAAUCCUGAAAUAUUUUCCAAAACAUGUAUAAUUUUCAACAUAUUUCCAAAACAUUUUGUACAGUCAAAAUAGUGGCACCUGCCCAAUGAAAGAAAAAUUUUGCCAAGGUCAUUAAAAGUUUAUACAUU